CUACUACCACUACCGUGUGCUGUCAGACAGUCAGUCGAAAACCAAACUCUGCACGUCUAUCUCUCUCUCUCUCUCUCUUUCUCUCUGAGCUGACGGAGAGAAAAGAACUCUAUUAUUUUGUGCCCGUGUCUUGUGUUGGAAACGUACCACAAACAAAAGUCCAUCACUGUUAGACAGGCCCAGUCUAUUACGUCCUUUCAAAGAUCAAUUUUUUUUUCUUUUAAAGACUUGAAUCCUUUCUAGUCGGCAGUGUUUUUCGAUGUCGUAAGAAAAAAGAGAGAGAGACUGACAAUUUGAAAAACACGUAAUUUUUUUUUGAAUUGGCCGCCUUUUUCAAUUACCGGACGUCUUGAUUUCAAUUCAGAGACACACGAAAUCACUAAGACUUUAUAUACAGAACAGUGUCGUCUUCAGAAGUGAAUGUAGUUUUGAUCUUGGCUUCUCAAAUCAUCCAUCAAAAGAUGAUGAGAGGAACAACAGGAAUAGACGCCGACGUUGCCGCAGCCCCAGACAGGCGUCGUUGUCGUGUCUCUUUACUCGCUUUAAUGCUGGGCAUGGCCGUCGCCAUCGUGGCGACUGGCAACAACUUGCCGACCGUCUCAGCCGGCGUCCAGACGACCGUCAAAAAUGUUCAACAACAGCAGCAACAACUACGCGUCAAGCCGCAACCAUCGGCUUCGGGCGCUUCUUCCGGUCUUCCGGUUCCCGAUCUCCUGGAAUCGCCCGACGCCAAGUACGACCCCAAGCCCAAAGAUAUCGACGCCGCUGCUCUGCGACUCCGACUCAAAGAUCAUUUUGACGGACGGUUUAUGUCGAUUGGCCAGCCGAAAGAAGCGAUCCUCUAUCCGAACGGCACGGCUGAAUACCCGGUGCGCUACAACAACAAUCUGUCGCCAUCGCGACGCAACGUUCCGGGCCGUUCCAAAUGGAAUUUGGGCUCGUUGCAAUUGCCGGACGGCAGCCGAGUGCGGACGCGUUUGUCGCGCAAAGUGCGCAAGAAGUUGGAGAAAUUCCUCUGGCUCUACACUCAGUGCCCGGUCAUUUACCGCUGGAAGGAUUUGGGAUCGCGCUACUGGCCCCGCUGGAUUAAACAGGGACGUUGCCAUGCCAAUCAGUCGUGCUCCUUUCCGCCCGGUAUGACGUGCCGCGCAUCCGAAGAGCGCGAAGUUGUCAUUUUACGUUGGCACUGUCAGUAUUGGGACCCGCCCCGUUUCUGCAAAUGGAUCCCGCUCCAUUAUCCCAUUGUCAGGCAAUGCACCUGCGGAUGUUCCGCAACCAAAUCCAUCAACUGAUGAAUCUCUCUCUUUUUGAGAGAAGCCGAAUUUUGUUUUUUGUUUUGUUUUUUUAGUUCCAAAAUGUUUUGAAACAAUUUUUUUACAGCACCGCCCUCCGCACCCAAAUGAAACUCGGGUGAUUUCUUUUUACAGAUUUUUAUAGAUUAAUCUAAUGCCAACUAUAAUACUCAUUGCAAACAGCGCAUCCCUUACCCCAAGUAACAGUUGCAUUCCCACAUUAUUUUGAAGGGAAAAAAAGAAGGCCCGUAAAUGACAAUUCUUUUUUAAACUUAUUAAUUGGCAUUCCACAGUUUUCACAUUUCUUUUGCUGCCUCCUAACACCCACCCACCUCUCCCCCCCAAAAAAAAUGAUUGAAGGAAAGGAAUGAAAAAAAAAAAAAAAUAGAAGCCCGUCCAUAAAAAAAGAAAAGAAAAUCACGGCUGAUGUUUUGAUACGCACAAAAAAAAAGAAGAUAAAAUUUGAAAGUGAAAAAAAAAAAAAAAAAAAAAAUGUUUUUGGAAAUUUUAUUUUCCCUUUUCUAUCCCCCUCUAUAUAAUAUCUAUCGGCUGUCAAUCGAAUUUUAAUCGAACAAAAAAAGCGCACAUAUUUCUAACCAGUAUUCCUCGCCCAUCACCUUUAUAUUAUUAUGCGAUGGCAUUCUUAAUGAAUCUCUUUUCAAUAAUGAUUCUAUUUUGAUGAAUUUGAUGACGAUAGUCGGCAAUAAUCCCCAAUGUCUUUUGUAUGUUGUGUGUGUAGUUAUAUAUAUAUAUGAUAUACAUAUAAAGAAAAAGGAAAAAAAAAAGGGAGAGAAGAAAAAAGAGGGAAACCUAAAAAAAAGAGUUUCCCGAAAUUUUGAACGCCCCCCUUUCUCUCCCGCUUCCUAUCCCGCAGUAUUAUUUUUUAUUUCCCAAUAGCAUGGAACGCACACGCUCUAACCUA